AUGCGCUUCGUCUUUCUCGCUGCAUUAGCAGCUAUCCCAGCUACCAUCGUAGCCCAAGACAUGACUUACACGGCAACACAUUGCACCUCGUGCUUUGGCUACUAUCCCAUUCCCACGGGGACUGCUGGGAGCGCAGCUGUGCCAACAUGGUACCAGUUCGUUACGACGAUGAGCGUGACCAGUAUGAUCUCUGAGAUUCGCCAGACGGUUACCGCGACCGCGAAUGCCACUACGCAGAUGAACAUGCUCACCACGACCACCACCUUCUUCACGACGACGACAUCUACACCUGCUGCUGUCGUGAUUCCCGCCCAAGCAGGUUUUAUACCCAUGAUCGUCGGUGACGCAUCCAAUGCCACACUAACGCCCAUUCCGCGCAUCAAGCGCCACUCACUAUUCGAAAACAAUGCCCUGCAGCUAGGAAAGCGACAAACCUGCUCCAACUGCAGCGGCGGCUUCUGGUCCAGCAGGAACGGCACAACUUCCAGCCUGAACCGCAAGUUCACUUUUCGCGUCGACUGUCUCGUGUACGAGACUAUAAAUCGUACGCAGACAAUGACGGUUACGGGCUUACCUAUGACCGUUUAUCAGGCUGGAGCUACAGCGCUGGCGAGCAUGAAUAGAAUCCGGGAUAUCAAUGGUAAAAUGCUCAUGUUCGAUCGCGUCAUCUAUCGUCCUGCACAAGGUUUCCCGAAUGAGGAGGAGCUGGUGAUUGAUAUGACGAGUGCGGUUGGGUGCUGUGUUGCUUGUCAGACUACUGGAUUCAUGAUGCUGAUGGACUUUAGCCCAAUUGCGCUGGGUCUUUCUUUGCGCCCAGUGAUCUGGAGUGCCAUCUCCGCUUAA